AAAAUUGCGAAAAAUCGCGUACUCUGAUAGUAUUAAAAAGUCGGGGUGUUACAGCUUCGGCCCAAAAAGCGUGUGUGUUAAUAGCCCAAAUGUGGGCAGUUUUGGGCAAGUUUGGCAGCCGGCCCAAAUGGCUUUUUAAGCCUGUUUUGUGUCCCGUAUUCCGUUUUUCGUACCGAUAUCAAUUUCUAAAAUUAUUUUCAAAUAAUAAAAUUUUAGGAAAAUUAUUUUUAAGUCCCGAAACUUCAAUUUUGUACUCCGAGUCUUAUUCUUUUAAAAAUGAGAGAGUUCCAA